AAAGAACCACCAAUCUUCUAAAAUGUCCAAACACACUGCUGACCAUAUUUUCCCAUCGGAGGACGAAUCGUCGGACGGGGUGCAGAUGAAGGUCAAGACAAAGGAGAAUAAGAAACGUAAAUCGUCGCCAACGCGCAGCCCCCAGCCGUCUACCAGUAAGAAAGGCAAGACAGUUAUUCGCCCCAUCCCUCCUAUUACCAAGUCUACGGCUCGCGAGGUGUUCGGGAGUGACAGCGACGACGACGCGGUAGACGCACCCGCGGAGAAGAAGCCUCCGAUGAUUUACUCCUAUGUCACACGGAGACUGGCCAACGGUUUUUCUCGUCAAAUAGAUGAGAAUAAAAAAGGUGCGUUCUACAUAGAACUUAAAGUAUACAAGUGUGACGAGAUAGAGCGGAUUCAACCCGUGAAUAGGUGGCGUCACUCGGUGAUAACAAUAAAAAAUAAAACUGACGAAAAUUCUGAAUCGUGGAGGCACUUGAAUGAAUUCAUUAUAAGUACUAGGCGGGAGUUCAAACACUGUACUCCAACGUUUAUAAGUUCAUACCAAUAAUUAAGUACCUAUGUAUUAUACUCAAUUAUUGGUAUGAGAUAUUAUUAUAAUCAGUUAUUUUAUAACAUAUGUAACCUAUAAUCAUAAUAUUACAUUAUUAUAAU